AUGGCGAAUAAGUUUGGAUUAGGUUCUUUAUCUUUAGAAACUAAAAAACCUAACACUUCAGCGUGGAUAAAUAAAGCGAAACCUUACUUCCUGGAUCAAAUCGGAGACAUUCUUCAAGGUGAUUUAGAUAUGAACAAUUUUAGCAUAACUAAUUUAAAGUCUCCGGAAAACGAUAAUGAUGCCAUUCACAAGAAAUAUUUAAUGGAACAAUUAAAUUUAAUUGAAGUAAAUAAAGAACAUUUAAAAGAAAGAAUAAAUGAUGUGAAAAGAUUCUUCAAACGACAAAUGAAUAAUAAAGAUUUUAUUGAUGAUACUAAAUUACAACAAGAAAUGAUAAGAUUAAAAAGCAAAAAAAAAGAUCUUAAACAACUAAUAGAUAAUAUUAAUCCAGGUAUAAGUGAAGACAAAUUGCAACGGGAAUUAACUAAAUUUAAAACUGAAUUACAAAAAGAACUAACAAAUAUUCAACAAAACAUAGAUGAUAGUGUUAUUCAACAACAGAUAACCACUAUUAAUAACCUAGUUUUAAAACAGGACAAAAAUAUACUCGCAUUAGAAAAAAAGUUUCUCAAGAAAGAAUCAUAUUAUUUUAAUAUUCCAUUUAGAUUUUUGGGUUUUGAUAGUGGUUCUAUUACUGAUAAUAUUGAUAAAUCAAAAGAUUAUGAAUAUAAAACAUAUGGAUUUACAGCAAAUAUUAGACUAUAUUCUGCGCCAAAUUAUCCUAUUCUUCCCAAAAAAAAUUUUGAUGUUAAUUAUCCAUAUAUUUUUAAAUUUCGAGGAAAACUUACAAUUGAAAUAACAUUUCCUAUACAGGUAAAAGUUGAUUCAUUAUUCUUCAGACAAGGCUAUCUUUUAACUAAUAAAAAAUUUAACGCUAAAAAAGUUCUUCAGUUUAUCAAUGGUACAAAAAAUGUAGAAACUAAAGAAUUAGAAAUUAACGAUGAAAACAACAAGCUUAGUCACUUACAUGAAAUUAAAACGAAUGGAAAAUAUAUAGAUAGGUUUAGAAUGUUAAUAAUACCAGAUAAUGAAGAAGAUGAAUUUACAUUGAGUGAUUUUGAUAUGUUAUUGGAAACGGAAACUCCACCAUCAAUGAAUAUUAUUAGAAAUCCAGAACCAAAAAAAGAAGUAUUCAGUUAUCAGUUUUUACGAGCAACAGACUUUGAAUACGUAAAACUAUAUUUUGUUGAUAAUGGUAAAUUUACCUCAAUUGAUAUUCAUAAAAGUCAACAAAAUAAAGAAUUUAUAAUAAGAGAUGAUGUAUUUGCUAAAAUAUUUGUCUCUAUUGAAAAACCAAAAUUUUCAGUUCAUCUGAAUAAGAUUAAUGAUUCGAAAGAACAAAUAUCAUUAGUAACUGUAAAUGUUUUUAGUAAAGCAGCUUUAUCAGAAAUUCACUUAAUUUAA